UUUGACCAACUUAUGUAUCUAACAACAUAUAAAAAUCGAAUGUGGACCUACUUAUUUUUCAAUUGAAUGUAAUUGACUACCUAAUUGAGUGACACCUAUGCAUUGGGACCUCUUUUAAUUAAUACAAAAUUGAGGUUACAUCUUUUCAAAUGUUCCCCAAUUAAUAUAUAAGGGAUUGGUUACAGAUUAAUAAAAGAACAUUUGGACUGUGUAUAUGAGAUUUUCAACAAAAUCACAUAUGUUUGAUAUCAUCAUCAAUAUAAUAAAAGUAACUUUUGUUAGAAUUUACUUACAUAUACACUAGGAAACGGUAACAAACGUUCUGUUAUGAAAACUCCCCUUUCUUGUUUCAUUAACUCCAAUUCUAUUUCGUUCUAACGUUUAUGUUGGUAAACCCUGACCUGCAACAGAAACAUAAAAAUGGAAGAACAGAAUAUCAACCUCGAAACCUGAACACAACAGCUCAACGGAACAAAACAUAAAACAAAAGAACCCAUAAAACCUUUGUCCCAAAGAGACAUUCUCUAAACAUUCAAACUUUGCAGGGUAAAUUAGUUUUUUUUUUUUUUAAAAGGUAAUGGCGGAAACGCAGCACUUGCUGAUAUCGUCAUUACCAGAAGCCCCAAGAAAACCAAAGUCGAAAGUCCAAAAAGUGGCGAGGAAAGCAUUCAAAGGAACAGCUCAUCUCUCAAAUCUCCUCCCCACCGGUUCUGUAAUGGGUUUUCAAAUAAUGUGUCCUGUCCUAACCCAUCAGGGCCAGUGUCCAACCAUCGCCAGUCGCUGGCUCACCUGCUUCCUUGUCUUCGUCUGCUCCGUCUCUUGCUUCCUCCUUUCCUUCACCGACUCCUUCAGAGACCCUCGCGGCAAGGUCAGAUACGGUUUAGCGACACCAAGUGGUUUAAUGGUAAUGGAUGGAACGAUUACACUAACGGAUGAGGAGAAGGAGAAGUAUAAACUAAGGUUUAUUGAUUUCAUGCAUGCAAUCAUGUCAAUGCUCGUCUUCUUUGCAAUCUCCAUGUUUGAUCAGAACGUGAUCCGUUGCUUGUUCCCUGUUCCUUCCGAAGACACCAAGGAGCUCCUUACCGGUUUGCCUUUCAUCAUCGGAGUUGUUUGCGGCGGCUUCUUCCUCGUGUUCCCCACGCGCCGUCACGGCAUUGGAUCUCCCCUCACCAAAGAAUAAUCUAGACGAGGGAAAAGAAUAAAGACAUGCACUUUUGUAGUAAACACACAA